UCACGCGCACGAUCAUGAUGCGGCUCCACCAGCUAGUCCGAACUAUUCGAGGUUCGAUAUUUUUAGAGGACACAAGUCAAAUUCAUGUUGACCGUGACGUUCAUCAGGCAUGGACAGUCAACCGAUAAUGUGAGACACGUGUGGGCAGGGUGGGCUGAUGCCCCGCUAAGCCAGCGCGGAAAAACGCAAGCCGAAGCUCUCGGUGCAUACUUUUCCAAGACCCUGUUUACCAAAAUCUAUGCCUCUCCCCUCAAGCGCGCUGCCACCACUGCAGCACUUGUUCUUACUGCCCAACCUGCCCCACAGCCGCCACAUGACUUCACAAUCGAGUCCAUAAAGGAGCAAAAUUUUGGCAUUGCAGAGGGGAAACCGUGGUGUUCUCCGGACAACAGGUCUUCCAAGUCGCUCUCAGAGUACAUGAGCGAGGGCAAGUACCCCACCCCGCUUCCGGGUGAACGCUUCACGGACGGUGAGUCCGAUGAAGAUUUAGCAGCACGUGCGAUGCAAGCCGUGGAUGAAGUGAUCAUGCCACACGUACAUAGUGCAAUGCGGGCUAGGCGUGCAGAGCAUAUUGCACUCGUAAGCCAUGGGCUCUGCAUUAGAGCGCUCAUUUGCGCGUUGUUAGAAAGGGACUCCAGAAAUAUUACCACUUCGCGUGGGUACACUGGGAUGCAGAACACGGCGUGGGCGAGGGUAAUCAUUGAAAUGCAGGACGUUGCAGAUGGCACACCAUUGGAGAUCACUGAUGAAGACAACCCCCUGAUCGUAACAGUGACGGACUUCGGUCGUGCGGAUCAUCUCAUCAAGCUUGUACGUCCACCUGACUUCCACCAUAUAUGCGGUUGCUACUACUGAUUCUCAGAAGCCGAACGCCGGCGGGACCGGCAAGAUUGCAUACGACCCAAAGCAACGGGACAUCAGAGCGUUCUUCAAUAGUGCGGCGAAGACCGUUGCCACCAAGAACUGUGAGGGCGAUGCACGAGAUGGAAUCAAUAGGGAAGCAAAGAAGUGACCUAUUCACACCUUCGCAACGAUGUCACUAGCAGCCCGCAAUUUCUUACCUCCGUGCAAUCAGCAAUAUUUAGACUCACUAGAAACACAGAGGCUAUGGACAAAUACACCGUUCAGAUUGGCGCCAACAGAUGGACCUUGAGCUUCAUCUGCGAGCUUCCAAAGAAAUCAACUG